AUGGCUCUCUCUAGCGACCUUUUGGCCCUGACUAUGGACGAUGCGGGCACGCCAGUCUCCAAGCCUCUUGUCACAGCGCCUCGGGCAGACGAGCGACCGACAGUAGCAGACCGCAACUUGAUCUCGGAUUUGGAGGACAAGACGAAGAUGGAACCGCCAUCAAAAAGCACAGGCUUCGACCCCGCCUUGAGUCGCAUUUACCGGCAUUACCCAGGCCCUACCUUGAUCCUGAACGAGGAUUUAUGCGUCGUCGAGGCUUCAGACAGUCAUCGUACCUUCUCUGGUCAACCUCGGGAGGAUCUGUUAGGCACUUGUGUCUGCGAUCUUCCAGUCCACACCAUCCCUGCGCCGGACAUUCCUGCUCUAUACGGAGCGUUGCGUGCAGCUAUCAGCUCAAAAGAGGUUCAAGUCAUGGAGGGAAUACACGUCAAAAACAAGAAUACGACUUAUCAGCUUCGUAUUACGCCAAUCUUCGAAAAUUCAUCGUUGAUCUACGUCGUAUUAGAGGCUCAAAAAACGUCAAAAGAUCACUGGGUCGCGACCGAUGAACAACACGCCUACACGAACGAAACUUACAAAAUCUUGGUGGACACAGUGAAGGAUUACGCUAUCUUUAUGCUCGACACCCGGGGCAUCAUCACGACGUGGAAUCCUGGCGCGGCAAUCUUGAAAAAGUAUUCUCCCUCGGAAAUUAUCGGCAAGCACUUCUCCAUUUUCUACAGCCCUGAGGAUCGUGAUAAUGGUAAGCCAGGCAGAGGUCUGGCACGGGCUUUACAGGAAGGACGGAUGGAAGAUGAGGGCUGGAGGUAUCGAAAAGAUGGAUCGCGUUUCUGGGCUAAUGUGAUGAUCACGCCUAUCUAUCAGUUUGGUCGUCACGUCGGCUUUGUGAAGGUCACGCGUGACCUGACGGAGCGGAAAGCUGCCGAGGCGCGCAUGGUAGCGGCCUUUGAGGAGUCAGCGAAGAUGAAAACAGAUUUUUUGGCAAAUAUGAGCCAUGAGAUACGGACUCCCAUGAACGGCAUGCAGCUCGCGCUUGCGAUGAUGAAGGAUACCGAACUCACCGACCAACAACUGGAAUACGCUUCGAUCAUUGAGGACUCGACCUCGAUUUUGCUUCAGAUCAUCAACGAUGUGCUCGACUACUCGAAGCUGUCAUCUGGGUCUUUUUCUCUUCACUCCGAUGUCGUGGAUAUCAAGAGCAUUCUUGAUGCUGUCAUGCGCAACUGCAGGUCUCUUUUGAAACCUGGAGUGGAGUUAACUUGCUCGAUUCCACCGGACUUACCCAAAGCUGUGCGUGGUGACCCUUUACGCUAUCGUCAGGUCGUUCAAAACAUGCUCGGAAACGCGGUGAAGUUCACGGAGUCGGGCUAUAUUCGACUUUCCACUACUUUCGCACCUUCUGAAUCGGAUCCUCAGGCAUACACGGUCACGACAGAGCUUGCCGAUUCUGGUGUUGGAAUUCCUGAAUGUGCUCUCAAUACCCUCUUCACACCUUUUUCGCGAUUUGCCGAUUCCACAGGCCAACAGUACCAGGGUACUGGCCUUGGUCUUUCGAUUUGCAAGAGUUUGGCGGAGCUUAUGGACGGCGCGGUGGGCUAUAGGCCUGGUCCACAAGGCAAAGGCAGUGUCUUUUGGUUCACAGCCAGAAUGGGUCACAUCAACACAGGCUUUUCAGCGAAGCAGCCUGCCAUGCCUUCAACCGAUGACCCAAAAAUCCUUAUGAACAGAGUGCGGGAAAUUGCGCCGCGCAAGCAUAUUCUACUUGUUGAGGAUAACCUCGUCAACCACAUGGUAAUGCUCAAGCUUCUUCAAACUCUCGGUUUCGAGCGCAUCGAUGUAGCCUGGGAUGGGGCGGAAGCCGUUCGGCAAGUUAAGCAAACGCCUCUGUCAUACAAUGUGGUUCUGAUGGACAUCAGCAUGCCAGUGCUUAACGGUUUGGAAGCGACAUCGCAAAUCAGAAGCAUGGGUAUCGACGUGCCUAUCAUUGCUCUUACGGCAAACGCGUUGAAGGGAGAUAUGGAGACGUAUCUUGCUAAGGGGAUGAAUGAUUACAUCGGGAAGCCGAUUCACCGCGACCAGUUACUUCAAGUUCUGUGGAAGUGGAUGGGGCCUUGA